AUGCCUAAGGUGAAGACUAACCGAGUAAAAUACCCCGAGGGUUGGGAGUUGAUUGAACCUACUCUACGUGAACUACAAGCACAGAUGAGAGAAGCUGAGAAUGAUCCACAUGAUGGUAAAAGAAAAUGUGAGGCCAUGUGGCCUAUUUUUAAAAUAGCCCAUCAGAAAAGUCGCUACAUUUUUGACCUUUAUCACAGGAGGAAGGAAAUUUCCAAGGAAUUGUAUGAGUUCUGCUUGGAUCAGGGUUAUGCAGAUCGUAACUUAAUUGCGAAGUGGAAAAAGCCUGGCUAUGAAAGGCUCUGCUGCUUAAGGUGCAUGCAACCUCGGGAUCAUAACUUUCAAACUACCUGUGUGUGCCGAGUGCCAAAGCAUUUGCGGGAGGAGAAAGUUAUAGAAUGCAUGCACUGCGGUUGUGGGGGCUGUGCGAGUGGAGAUUGA